AUGGGUAGGGAUGUAAGCCGUGAUGACUGCAUAGACUCUCUGCUCGAGACUCUGAUAUUGCGAGAUUGCAAUUCUCUAGAGGAGAGAGAUGUUUGCCUGUUUUUGAACUCGUUACUCAUAGGAAACUUCAGAUUCAUUCGACACAUUGACGUUUCAAAUGAAGCCGGAUUGAUUUAUGGCAACAAGCCAUGUAGCAAACCAGUGUUUCCUCUGGAAAAGCUGAAUGAAGAAAGACCAGGGAUCACUUUUGUGGCAGAAUUUAGAACACCACCAGCAGCAGGAUCAUCAUCAUCAUCAUCAUCAUCAUCAUCAUCAAUUUGUUGUUAG